UGUAUACACCUACAAUAUAGUCAAUAUAUGAUGCAUACAAAAUAUUUGUUUCAUGUGAAAAAACGAGCAUGAAAGCGGAAAUGAUCUAUAAUUAUAAAUCGAUUGUUCAUAUUUGACCAAUGCGGGUCACGUCGUAAUUUACCGCGAAAUGGUGGAAGUUGACGUCGUCAUGAUAACUUAGCAACGUCACAAUGUCUAUUGUUGACAUGCCGUCCAAACGCUAUCAAAACUCUCAAAGAAAAAUGCAAAAUUUGCAGGAAUUUGACGAAGGAAAUUGCCAGAAUUUGACAGACUCAAUAGACGCACAAUGCAUCCCAGAGAUUGAUGCUGAUGUUCUGGAGGUCAUGACCUUUCCAACUGAUCUUGACCUACUUUCUAUCUCACACGACCCUGAGCGUGACCUUGAUGAGGUCAGCCAAUCGGAAGAUUGUGCUGGAAAUCUCUCUGGUUCAAGUUCUGGCUCAGGUGUCCUGUGUGCAGAGAAAGCUGUGUCGGUCUCGGUUGAUCUGCUCGAGGAAGACCUCGUGCUCUCCGACUCGGACAGCGAUUCCGAUGAUGACGUCCCUGAUGAUGUCAGAAGCUGGACGCACGAGUCGGUUGCUGCCUCGUUCCUGGCAGCUACAUCCGGUUACAGCUCUGAUUCAGAGAGUGACUCAGAGGACACGGUUGUGGCAAGACGCAAGUCGGCUCCAUUGCGACGCCAAUCAGAAAGUCAGGAAAUCGUGUCCGAUGAUGAACUCUCUGAUAACGAAGGUUGUGAUGUAACGAUCAAACGCCGCCGAUACAACCGCCUGGAAAAGGAACGUACGGACUUCACACAGUCCAGCAAUAAGGGAUCGUCAAGUCCCGAGUCCGGUUCUUCUCAGGAGAAAACCAGCUCGAGUGAGAGCGAGUCAAGUGACUCGUCUAGCUCUGAUUCGGACAUUGACGAAUCAACAUCCGGGUCAUCUAGCGAAUCGGACUCGGACAGUGACGAUUCGACAUCCGGGUCAUCUAGCGAAUCGGACUCGGACAGUGACGAAUCGUCAUCCGGGUCAUCUAGCGACUCGGAUUCUAGAAGCUGCAGUUCUAGCUCAGCGUCUAACAGCUCUUCAGACGACAGUGAUUCUGGCACAGACGGCGAUGAUGCGCGGGAAAUCGACCUCAAGUUCGAUAAAAAUCCUUGCCCUGCGACUUGCGUGUGUCGGUCUGGCAGUAAUAUGCUUCAGAUUCCGCCCGCACGCAGACGCCGAACGGAACAGUCGCUGUACAACGAGGUUCUAAAUCGACAGCUGCUGAAGUCAUAUAAUGCAGCUCGAGAAAUCGACCUCCGGUUUGAAGAAAACCCUUGCCCGAAGACCUGCGUAUGUCGGUCUAGCAGAAACAUGCUACAGGUUAGACGAGCACACAGGCGCGAAACGGAGCCCCCGCUGUACCGGGUGGUUCUGUCUCGAAGGCUGCUUAGGCCCUCCAACCGGAUUGUUCACGACUGCUGCAAGUACCGGUGUAGCAGGAGUUGUUUCCCGGGGUUCUCUACAGGACCCGCCAUUACUUCGAAAGAAGUAUCUUGAAAUUGUCAAACUGCGCCACGGUCGGUGCGCUCUAUGUGACUAUGUAUUGGAGGUCCAUUGUGAGUAUGCCAGC